AUGUCUGAGUCAGGUUCUUCUUCCACACCGCCCUUGAAGAACCCGAAGCUCAGCGCAAUGAGCAAAGCUUUCCCCCACGUUGACCUCGACGGUCACGAUCUACCACCAUCACCUGUACCGUCGAGCCCCAGAAGUGGUCGGCAGUAUGCAUUGGCGACGCAAUUGGUCUACUCAGAGGGGAAUGACCAAUACAAUGCCAGCAGCGUGCCCAUAUACCAGUCUGCGACUUUCAAGCAGACCUCUGCCACAGGCGGCGUUUCCAACGAUUAUGACUACACUCGGAGCGGCAACCCCACACGCACCCACCUCGAAAAACACCUCGCAAAAGUCAUGCGCGCGAAGCGCGCACUUGUUGUCUCUUCCGGUAUGGGCGCUCUUGACGUGAUCAGCCGCCAGUUGAGACCGGGCGACGAAGUGGUAACAGGCGACGAUUUGUAUGGAGGAACAAAUCGGCUGCUGAAAUAUCUGGCCACGCAUGGUGGGAUUAUUGUUCACCAUGUCGACACCACAACACCUGAAAAGGUGCAGGAAGUCCUGAAUGGCAAGACGGCCAUGGUUCUGCUCGAGACGCCCACGAAUCCCUUGAUCAAGAUUGUAGACAUCCCGACGAUUGCAAGCAUGGCUCACGCAGCUAAUCCUGCGUGUCUGGUGAGCGUGGAUAACACCAUGCUCUCACCCUUGCUGCAAAAUCCACUGGAGCUUGGCGCAGAUAUUGUCUACGAGUCUGGCACCAAGUAUCUGUCAGGCCACCACGAUUUGAUGGCGGGCGUAAUCGCUGUCAAUGACGAAGCACUCGGUGAGAAGUUCUACUUCACGGUCAAUGCCUCUGGCUGUGGCCUUGCGCCUUUCGACUGCUGGCUGCUGAUGCGUGGAAUCAAAACCUUGAAGGUGCGCAUGGAUGCACAACAGGCCAAUGCCAUGAUGAUCGCCCAGUUCCUCGAGUCUGCGGGCUUCAAAGUUCGCUAUCCAGGCCUCAAGAGUCACCCACAAUACGAUCUGUUUCACUCCAUGGCACGGGGACCUGGUGCAGUCUUGUCCUUUGAGACAGGAGACAUUCAGCUGUCCGAACGGAUCGUCGAGUCCGCCAAGCUGUGGGCUAUUAGUGUUAGCUUCGGAUGUGUCAAUUCCCUCAUCAGCAUGCCUUGCCGCAUGAGCCAUGCCAGUAUCGACGCAAAGACACGAGCAGAGCGUGGUGUACCGGAAGACCUCAUCCGCUUGUGCGUGGGCAUAGAGGACGGGGAAGAUCUACUAGAUGAUCUUCAAAGUGCCUUGGUACAAUCCGGCGCCAUGAAUGUCACCCUUGAUGGGAUAUAUGCGAAGAACGCAACAAUCGGCGACGAGCAUCCCGCCGAAGGAGAACAUUUGGCGGCUAAAGCUGCCGCCAUUAACGAGCCCUGA